AGCCCAGGGCCCCGCGGCCCCACCACCUCACCUCCCUCUCCCAUUGGUCCAAAGUUUUUGCCCCGGCCAGAGAGCAGCUUCCCCAUUGGUCCCUGGGGUGUCACGUGCCCCUCCCUCCGGGAGAGGUCGGAAACCAGGGGAUCCGGGAGCAAAUUCAAUCGAAGACCGAGUCCACUCCGGAGCUGGGUCAGCAGGUGGGGUCUGUUGAGGUCCCCCCAGGGGAAGUGACCGGCUAUGGAGUCUUCCAGCCCGGAGUCCGAUAAUAGCUGGGUGCUUGCUGGCUCCGAGGGCUGUUUGCCGGUAGAGACACUGGGUCCAGAAUCGGAGAGAGCUCCACAGACCUCACCAGAUGGACUUCCACCAAGCUUGAAUGGAGAGGCACCUGCUAUUCACCAGAGCCCUCCUGUCCAACCUGGGGCCUGUCCGCCGGAGGAGAAGGACACCAAGGUCUCCCUGGAAAGCAGUGAGAAGAACUCGGACCUCCCAAGUCCAGAUGAAGACCAAACAAAGGCUGAGCAACCAGAGCCUGCAGAAAGAGCAGAGUUGGAAUCCAAUCUCCUGGAUCCCAGCGCUCCGAGCUCCCCAAAGCGAGCGGGACCCUCCUGGUCCUCCAAAGCAGAUCAGGUUGGUGAGGAAUUCAGCUGCUCAAGCAGUGAGGACGACGUUGAUGUGGAGGGCCUGAGGAGACGUCGGGGCCGGGAAGCCGGCCCGCUCCCUUCUCCAGCCACUGUGGGUGUGCAGAAUCAGGCUAGCAGUGAGGGAGGAAGUGGAGAGCUUGGGCUCACCCUGAACACUUGUCUCCUUGGGGCUCUGGUCCUUGUUGGACUUGGCUUCCUCUUCUUCUCUGGUGGUUUCUCUGACCUUGAGGCUGGGCCAGUGGAGAACCUGGAGCCACAAGUGACCCCAGAGUCUGAGUCCCAGGACAUUGAGGAUAUCCAGGAUGGACUGAGGCAGCAGCAGCAGGUCCACUCCCCCCCUGGAAAUCUCCCAAGCCUCCAGUCCAUGAGCCUCCUGCUGGACAAGCUGGCCAAGGAGAACCAAGAUAUCCGGCUUCUUCAGGCCCAGCUGCAGGCUCAGAAGGAAGAACUGCAGAACCUUCUACACAAAACCCCGGGGCUGGAGGAAGAGAAUGAGAGGCUUCGGGGAGCCCUGCAGCAGCGAGAGGCCUCCCAGCGGGUGCUGGAGUCUGAGAUGCAGGAGCUCCGGGGGCGACUGGGGGAGCUAGAGGAGACUUAUUCACGGGGGGCAGAGGGGGCCUGCAGCAGCCAGAGUGUAGGGAGGCCCCCAGAAGAGGCAGCCCCCGGGCCGGCAGAGCCCCAGGGCUUCCUGGAGCAGAAGGAGCGCUUAGAGGCUGAGGCGCAGAUGCUGCGCAAGGAACUAGAGAAGCAGAGGUUGCUGCUGAGCUCCGUGCAGAGGGAUCUGGAGAGGAGCCUUCAUGAGGCAGGGCUGGGGGGCAGGGAUCGAGCGGAGCUGGCUGAGUUGGGCCAGAGGCUGGCCGUGGAGCUUCAGGGGGCAGAGGGCUGGGGCCCCAGGGAGGGCCAGGCCUCCAGGGGUCCGGCCAACACAUCUGAGUCCUGGGGGCGAGGUGGAGCCCACUUCCCAAGUCGCUGGGAGACUAGUGAGAAGGAGAAAUGGAAGGACAGACAAGGGGACCGCAAGGCAGAGAAGUGGAAGCGCAAGAAGGAGGACUUUGCUGGGGAGAGGAAGAAGAGCUUCAGGGACAAAGGAGAUGGGGAGGCAGUGGAGAGGUGGAAGGGUGAGAAGCGCAGGACAGCAGAGCUGGGGGGCAAGAACGACAGGGAAUGGAGAGGCACGAAAGAGCAUCCCAAGAGGAGCUGGGGGGAUGCCAGAGGGAGCGUGGGGCCCCCUCCAGCCGGGGAGGGCCAGAAGAAGACAGCCCGCAGGGAAGGGCCGGAGGGGAGCAACCCUGGCCAUGACGAUCCCCAGCUGGCCUGGAGGAAGGUGCUGGGCCGCCAGUACCGGGCACCUCAGGGCUGCUCAGGGGUGACCGAGUGUGCCCGCCAGGAAGGGAUGGCCAUGUUUGGCGUGGAGUUGCUGCCCGUUCGGAAGCAGGAGCUGGCCUCGCUGCUGCAGAAGUACUUGGCUCAGCUGCCCUGGGGCCGACAGCUUCCUGAACCGCUGUCUGCCUUGUCCGCCUACUUUGGUGAUGAUGGCAUCUUCCGCCACGACCGCCUUCGUUUCUGGGACUUUGUGGAAGCCAUGGAGGACAGCCUGGAGGAGGCUGCACUCAGAGAGACGGGAGAUGACGAUGAAGUAGAUGACUUCGAGGAUUUCAUCUUUGGCCAUUUCUUUGGGGACAAGGCGCUGAGGAAGAGGUCUGGGAAGAAGGACAAGUAUCACAAGGGCCCCAGAAGUUCAGGGCCCAAGGAAGGGCCCAGAAACUACCGGGAGGGCUGAGGAAGAGCACAGGGGGGCUCAGUGCCCAGGGUUUGCCCUUGGCCCACUGUUCUGCUCCACCAUCCGAGAAGUCGGGGGUCUAGCCUCCUUUGGUUUUUAUUUAUCACUGCAUGUGUGUGGUGUAUUGGGGAGGUCACCCCGGCACUGUCAUUGCCUUCAUUCCCAAGAUUAGAUAGGCCCAAGAGCAGAAGAGAGAGCUCAGACUCCAGCUGGCUCAGGAGACACCACUGUAGCUAGAACAUGCUCAGACACUGCUUACGCUUAGGGAUGUGUGUUAAUGCACUUGGGCCCUCUUGACGCUCUUCUGUUUCCUAGAUGGAUGGAGACCAUGUCAGCUCUGGGGCCAUCAGGUUGUGCCAAAGUGGGCUUGUGUGUGUGUGUGCAUAAGGGGGUCUGCUUGGGGGAUCAUGGCACUGAGGGCAGAGUGCAGGGGGGAAGUAAGGAGGCAGUCCCAAGGUGAGUGAGGGCUUCUUUGAUUGUGGGGCAGCAUCAGUCCUCCCUUCACCCCUUGUGUGUGUGUGUGUGUGUGUGUGUGUGUGUGUGUGUUGAGGGGGAUGGAUGGCAGCAGGAGUACCCAGGGGGCUCCUGGAAUUACUCCCCACCCCUCUCCAGCCAUGGUUUGUUUGGUCAGUGUGGGCCUGGGCCUGAGGCUCUGGUGCCCACUUAGAUUUGUAUGUAGGUCUAGAAUUGGGAGGCUGACGCCCUUGCUUCCAGCCUUUUGACUCACACACUCAGUCAACACCGAACUCAAUAAAGUGCCUUUGUUAGUGA